AUGGCGUCCUACCACCGAGUGCUGGAGACUUUUGGUCGAUCUGUUCAAGAUAUUACCCUAGAAUGCGACUGUGAUAUUCACCCCUGGGAGAUCUCUAUCAAUGGAGAACGAUGGGCUGGCAAGAUCCGAUUAAUCGGCUUCGUGGAUGUGUUUUUCGUCAUUUCAUACUCAGCCAACGCCCGAUUUGAGCAUGGAAUUAUCGUUUAUAAGGACAAGCUAGCCGUGGAAGAAAUCACAGGUCAUAUCCCCGAUGCAAAGCCAAAGCCUGCAGAAAAGGCCAAAUCGAGCCAGGAAAGCGAAAACAAUGACGCCAAAGCAGAGCACGAAGAGCCUGAGGAUCUUGAUGAAGCCGAAGAAGAGGAUCCAAACGCAAAGCCCACCGAGGCAGAGUCCGAGGAAGCCAAACCCAAGCCGGCGGAAGAACAAGCCAGCAAGGCAGAGCAGACACAAGACAGCAAGCCAACGGCUGAGGAGAUGGCACCCGAAUUCCGUAAAACUAGCACCUACACGAUCAGCAGUUGGGGUCACCCAGUCGGAUUGCGGGCCACAUAUCCCAAGUCUUGGAUCCAAAAAUACAAGGUGGAGAUCACCAAGCCCUGUAGUUGGGCACUCGGCAAGCGUAUCAUGCGGGGCUUGAAGCCACACAGCACCUACGACCUGAUGAAUGAUGUAAUUCGUUGUGGUAUCAUCACUCAAGGUCAGCUAGUGGGUCACAUUAUGGGGGUUGUUCUCGCGGGUUCGCAAAUGGACGACAUGGCCAAACGAUACAUUCAAGGAUUGACAUCGGGGGAUGGUGCUGGGCGGCAAGCAUUGUCGAAUGAAAAGAUCUAG